UACAUGUCACGGUGCUGAACGAUGGACAGCGAGACAAGGUUCAGCAACUGUAGCAAUCCGGAGGUGAUGUCAUCCGCGCUCACGCGUGCGUUCACCGGAUCCCGACCCCAAAGCAGAUAUUAAAACAAUGGAUCUCCUGUCAGUGACGGGUUACUGUUUAGUGAUUUAUGUGAUUAUGCAAUUUGUUCGGUUCAUCAGGGCUGAUGCAGAUUUUACCCUGUUAUGGGCUGAAUAUCUGGGAAAUAAACCAGAAACCAAACUCUUUAAGAAAGUUGUAUGGAUAACAGGAGCCUCUACAGGAAUUGGACAGGAGUUAGCAUAUCAACUCGCAAAAUUAGGAGCUUCACUGGUACUUUCCUCGAGGAGCGAGGUUGCACUGCAGCGAGUUAAACAACAUUGCCUUGAUCAUAGCACAUUACAAGAGGAGGAUAUUCUUGUUUUGACACUUGACCUGAAUGAAACCAUUUCCCACGAGGCUGCAACAAAAAGUGUUAUCAAGCACUUUGGUAAAAUCGACAUUUUGGUCAAUAAUGCUGGCCGUUCUCAGCGCUCCCUAUUUCUGGACACACACAUUGAUGUUUACAAAGCUAUAAUGCAACUAAACUUCCUUGGCACAGUAUCAAUGACUAAGUGUGUUUUACCCUACAUGGUUAAGCACGAGAAGGGACAGAUAGUCACCGUCAGCAGCUUGGCUGGUCUUGUGGCAGCACCUGUUUCUACAGGAUAUGCAAGUAGUAAACAUGCUCUUCAGGGAUUUUUUAAUUCUCUUCGUCCAGAGCUUGCUAAUUAUCCAGGCAUUGUAAUCAGCAUGGUUUGUCCAGGAUUAGUCCACUCAAAUAUUGUGAAAAAUGCUUUUACUGAAGAGAUGAAUAAGACUGUGACAGAGAGUUGUGUGGAAUCUCACAAAAUGCCAACAGCUCGUUGUGCUCGUCUGAUGUUAGUUGGGAUGGCAAAUGGAUUGAAAGAGGUGUGGAUUUCAGACCAGCCAUUGCUAUUUUAUGUUUACCUGUGGCAGUAUGCUCCCACCUGGGCAUGGCUAAUCGCGGACAAGAUGUCAGUGAAAAGAAUUAAAAACUUCAAAAGUGGAUUGGAUGCUGAUGCCACAUAUUUUGGAAAGAUAAAAGGGAAAACAGCUUGAAGCUCUGGUUAUUUUUGGUUGAAGAUAAUGCAGGUUUUACAUGUUAUAGCUUUAUUGGCUUUAUAUUGUUCACUUUGCAACACCGACGUUUUUCCACAUCAUUUACAUUGGAUGUCUGUUGUAAUGCCUCUUACGUCUCUGAUCACUUUAAGAAUAAUACAAGGUAAUAUUGUUCCUGUUCCCUAAACUUGAGACUUUUUUCCGGCUUUGCCAAAUAAAGCUGACAAUAACUAAAUUGCAACCACAAAUGUACUUUUU